AUGGACGACCGGGAGCCCCAGGACGUUCCAACCAUUGAUGUUCCCAUCGCGCCGGUGUACCCGGUCCUUACGGAUAAAGUGGCGAUCGUGACGGGUGCUGCCAUGGGAAUGGGCAAGGCUACGGCAGUGAUCUUUGCCGAGGCCGGCGCGAGUGUCGUGCUGGCCGAUGUCAACGAGGUCUUGGGUCAGAAAGCGGCAGAUGAGAUCAAUCAGAGGGGCGGCAAGGCCUAUUUCAUCAAGACGGACGUUUCGAAUUCCGAGUCGGUCGAGAAGGCCGUCGCCGCGGCGGUGUCGCAAUUUGGCAAGCUCGACGUGGCCAUCAACAACGCCGCGUUGACUCCCGACAAGACACCCACGGCGGAGUUCGACGAAGCCUACUUUGAUCGAGUGAUUGCCGUGAAUCUCAAGGGCCCGGCGCUAUGCAUGAAAUGGGAAAUACAGCAGAUGGUCAAGCAAGGCCAUGGAGGCUCGAUCAUCAACAUUGCCUCGAUCAAUGCCUUCAAGCCGCAGUACAAUAUGCUGGCCUACACCGCCGCUAAGCAUGCGGUGGUCGGCCUGACCAAGACGGCCGCCCUGGAGUAUGGAGCAGAGGGGAUCAGGGUCAACACCAUUGCUCCCGGAGCUGUUCUGACCGAGAUGUCGGCGGCCGCCUUGAAAUCCAUCGGCACCAGUCACGAGGCGUUCGCCGACGUAAGCUACCUCAAACGGUGGGCGGCUCCCCACGAGGUCGCUCAAGGAUCAUUGUGGUUGGCCUCAGAUGCAGCUUCGUAUGUGACUGGUAUCACGCUUCCUGUGUGCGGUGGAUAUUCUACGAAAUGA